CUUGAGCUUUUUGCUCUGUUGCUUAAACCCUUCACACUCUUUUGGGUCUCUCUCUCAGAAUCACACAAAGAAGCAAUGGCGGGUUCACAAGAAGACGAGAAGCUUGAACACUUUCUGCGGUGGUUAGAGGUUAAUGGGGUGGAGCUACGUGGGUGCAAUAUCAAAUACUCGGAAUCUGAUAAAGGGUUUGGCAUUUUUGCUGCUAAUGAUGUUUCUGAUGGGGUUUUACUGGUUGUGCCUCUGGAUUUAGCAAUAACUCCUAUGAGAGUUUUGCAAGAUCCACUUCUUGGACCUGAAUGUAGAGCAAUGUUCGAAGAAGGAGAUGUAGAUGAUAGGUUCUUGAUGGUUUUGUAUCUGACAGUGGAGCGCCUCCGCAAGAAUUCUUCUUGGAAGCCGUACCUUGAAAUGCUUCCCACCACAUUUGGCAAUCCACUUUGGUUUACUGAUGAUGAGCUUUUGGAGCUAAAUGGAACAGCGUUGUACCGAGCAACUGAACUGCAGAAGAAAAGCUUGCGGUCUUUAUACGAUGAUAAAUUGAAGGCUCUGAUGGAUAAACUGUUAAAUCUGGAUGGUGAUUUUGAAAGGGAUGUGUGCUUUGAAGAUUUUGUGUGGGCAAAUUCUAUAUUUUGGGCUCGUGCUUUGAAUAUUCCCCUUCCACAUACCUAUGUAUUUCCAGAAGUUGAGGAGGACAAGAAUUGUGGUGUUUCAAAUGGAAAAAUCUCUGACGAAUCUACAACUUAUAUGAUUAAUGACAUUAAUGAUAAAGAAUCUCAGGUUGACGGGGCUGAUAUUCUAGUUGAUGGAGUGGCAUCCAUAUCAAAACAAAAAGAUACUGUCUGGGUGGAGGGUCUUGUUCCUGGCAUCGACUUUUGUAACCAUGGUUUAAAGCCAGCAGCAACGUGGGAAGUUGAUGGAACAGGAUCGUCAACUCGGGUUCCUUUUUCUAUGUAUCUUCUUUCUGCUGGACAACCGUUGGAGACUGGUGAAGAAAUUUCCAUAAGUUAUGGUAACAAAGCAAAUGAGGAACUACUACAUCUUUAUGGGUUUGUUCUGGAUGGCAAUCCCGAUGACUAUCUCAUGGUCCAUUAUCCGGUACAAGCCCUGCAAAAUGUUUCAUUUUCUGAAUCGAAAGCACAGCUUCUUGAAGCACAGAAGGCCGAAAUGAGGUGUCUCUUACCUAGAACUUUGUUGGAUCAUGGCUUUUUCCCGGUUGGCAUCUCAACUGGUGAAGGAAGCCAUAAGGGCCAACUGGACCGUGUUUGUAGCUAUAGUUGGAGUGGUCAGCGGAAGAUGCCAUCAUAUUUGAACAAGUUGGUUUUUCCCGAAAACUUUUUAACCACUUUGAGGACCAUAGCCAUGAAAGAGGAUGAGCUUUUCCAGGUUUCAUCAUUGCUGGAAGAGCUUGUUACGUCUGGAGGGGGCAGACAACCAUCUGAUUCAGAAGUUCGAGCAGCCAUAUGGGAGGCUUGUGGUGACUCUGGAGCUUUGCAAAUGCUUGUUGAUCUUCUUACUAUGAGGAUGGUGGAUCUUCAAGAUGGUUCUGGUACAGAGGACAGUGACACUAACUUGCUCAAAAAUGCACGCAUUAGUGAAACCCGAACUCUGCAAUCAGUGCAUGUCAACGAUUUGAGUGAGAUAAAUGGCAUUCAACAACCGCAAUUGAUGAGCAGAAACAAGUGGUCUAGUAUAGUUUACAGACGAGGGCAGAAGCAACUCACUCGAUUAUUCCUCAAGGAAGCAGAGCAUGCCUUGCAAUUAUCUUUGCAUGAGGGAAACUAACUUUUGAUACAUUUUAGCUUGCUUCAUAAAUUAGUCCUUGCAAGGCUUAUGAUUUGUGGUGUCUCUGUCUAACUAUUUCAUUUUGAGCUUCUAAUUUCUCUAGUGUAAAUAAAGGUAGGCCAAAGUUAUAUCCACUAACAUUCUUGCUUCAUAAGCGAACGGAUUUCCUUU